GAGAAAGCUGCAUGACUCCAACAAUGGCGAAAUUGGUAUCAGAGACUAACCCUCGUCCGAACAUCACGUGCGAGGCAACGGGUUUUCCCAGGAAGGUGCUCGGCACGUACGAAAUCAGGGUUUCGGUCGACGAAAGGAAGAUCGGUUUCAAAAUACCGAAGAUAUCGGUGAAGAAAACAAGCAGGACUCAGAAACAGGACAACGAGGAAGGAGAAACGAUGAACAUGGAGAUGGCGAGGGAGGGCAAGGAGAAGGAGAAUCUUUUCCUGGUCAAGGUGAGUUCGGUGAUUUCUGGUGUCUCGAGGAAGAUGACGACGACAAGUGCCAAAGCUAAUCAAAAAAUGGAUUCCCUGCGAGAGAUCAAAAGGGUAUCAUCGAGCAUCAUGACCAUAGCCAGGAGGUUGAAGGCGAGAGCCAUAGAAAAGGUGAGGGAGCACGCCAUUGGAGAAGAGGAGGAGCUCUGCAAGAAGAGGAUACUGAUGGGAGAGAAAUGCAGACCGCUGAAUCGGUCGGGGACGCUGCUGUAUGAUGGGGACGGCAUUCUGCUGCCGGAGCCAUGACAGGACACAUGGUAACGUAUACUUCUCUGUCUCUUUCUGUCAUGGUUCGUGGUUAGAAUCAGACAGACAUAUGGAUCUUAGAUUUUUAAACCUCAGUCGUAACACAAUGGUGCAUAUUGUAUUUAUCUAUUUCGAAAAUUCUUACGAUGGAGUCUCAAAAGAGUUUUUAAU